CUUGGCCAAUCCAAAGCGGGUCUUUCUUCCAUCGUAAUCACCAUGGACGACGUGACCAACAACACCCGGUCGCAAUGGUGGAAAGAUCCAGGCAUGAGAAAACUGAACAUUCUGCUUUUUGCGGGCUAUCUCGGGGCGAUGACCAACGGGUACAUCAGCUCACUGAUGUCCAGUCUAAUCACGAAUCCCCGCUGGGUCCGGGAUCUCACAGGGCUUUCAAAUCCAACACUGCUAGGCCUCGUUGUAGCUGCCCAACCGCUCGGAUGUAUAGCUGCGUUCAUUCCUGCUCCGUGGGUGUCUGAAAGAUAUGGCCGACGAGUAGGCGUAGCAGUAGGAAAUCUGGGAAUGAUUGGAGGUAUCAUUGGGCAGAUUCUUUGCAAGACGGCGAAUCAGUUUCUGGUCAUGCGUCUUAUCGUGGGAUUUGCUUCUUCAUUCAACACAUUGUCAUCGUCGGCUUUGGUUCUGGAGCUUGCACAUCCUCGGCAAAGAGCCGUUGUAGGUGCCCUGUUCAAUACUUUCUGGUUUCUUGGCGCAAUAAAUGCGGCUUGGAUAGCGUUCGGGACACUCCGGAUAUCGAGCUCGUGGUCCUGGAGGCUACCAGUUGCUCUUCAACUUUUCUGGAGCGUGGCGCAGCUUAUUCUGAUCCUCUGGUGUCCAGAAUCGCCACGUUGGUUAAUAUCAGUAGGGAGGAGAGAGCAAGCCAAAACACUGUUGUCAAAAUACCAUGCCAACGGAGACCAAAACGAUCAACUGGUGCUUAGAGAAUACACGGAUAUCUGCACCUCAACUGAAGCUGAUCAAUCUCGCCGUGCGACAGGCUGGUCUGCUCUGUUUUCAACACCCGGUAACAGAAAGCGACUCAUGUUGUCUAUCGUAAUCGGUGUGGCUACUCAAUGGGUCGGCAAUGGCAUCAUGAACUUUUACUUGGCGCCGGUCCUCCACACAAUCGGUAUUGAAAGUGCUUCCAAGCAACAGGGCAUCAACGGUGGCCUACAGAUAUACACCUGGCUACUAGCCUUUGGAGCCGCUUUUCUAGCCGAGCGAGCUGGUCGGCGUCGCUUAUUCCUGACGUCUGUGGGUACUAUGUUGAUAUUCAUGAGUAUCGUGGCCAUAUGCUCGGCUCUUUACUCCUACACCAAAUCACUGACCGCCAGCUACGCCGUCAUCAUCUCACUGUUCCUGUUUCUGGGUGGAUAUGUUAUUGGGCUGACGCCCAUACCGAUUCUCUAUGUUAGUGAGAUCUGGCCAAGCCGUCUUCGAGCCAAAGGCACCAGCGUAUUCUGGUUCUCGCAAGCUGUGGCGACAUGCUUCAAUCAGUACGUCAAUCCGGUUGCACUGCAGAGAAUAUCGUGGAAAUACUAUCUGGUGUAUGUAGGGGUAUUGAUUCUGGUGCUUGCGUUCAUGUUUAUAUGUGUUCCGGAAACGAAGGGACUAUCAUUGGAGGAAGUACAUAGGAUGUUCGACAGACAGUCAAGCGAUGAGGUGGUGCUCAAUGAGGUCACAACUGGUGGACGAAAUGGGGAAGCAUAG